AUGUUGUCACUGCUCGAAAACCUGCAAAACAGCAGCUGUCCUGGAAAUGCAAACACCCGGCAGGAUAAAAGCUCCAUGGGCAGUGAAACUCCAAGCACGAAUUGCCCAGCGGCUAAAAAGAGACCAGGCUCAUUAGGAGAUGCAUCCGGAAGCGAACAGUCAGGCUCCAAUGUGUACUCCUCUCCAGUGACAGGUCGUUCCAUUAUCCGAGACCCCGGCCCCCGAAACCCCGACUGGCGAUGGCAAGCACGACAGAUGGAGGAUGAGACUAAACCGGACUGCAGUCGGCAUUCCGAGGAAUCAAGCAGCCGGAGCCAAAGAUCCAGCCGCCGCGAGUCGACAGCCCACCCCGAGGACGACGCCGACACCAUCGACGUGUACUGGCACAACCUAGCCGCGGACCACGAGGACAGUCCCGGGAUAUUCAUCGGCAUGAGGGACCUGUACGCGGGCAGCGUGGACGACUACCUCCGCGGCAUGUCGAGGUUCCUGAAUCGGACGGCCGGGGUGCUCCGUCUGCACUCGGUCAGCAUCUUCCCGCGGUCCGCCGUCGUGGUCGUUGACACGCAGUUGACGGCUCUAUAUGUGCGCGCUGCGAUGAGGUACUCGGGCAUGUCUCCGCCGAAUCUCUAUCACAUCCCCGGCUUUCCUGCUGCGGGAAGAACCUAA